AUGCAAGAAUCCACAGUUGUAAUUGUAGGUGCCGGUCCUUCUGGCCUAGCCAUUUCAGCUUGCCUAACACAAAAUUUCAUCUCUCAUAUCAUACUCGAAAAAGAAGAUUGUUGUGCUUCUCUUUGGAAAAGAAAUGCUUACGAUCGUUUAAACCUCCAUUUGGCUAGUGAGUUUUGUUCUCUACCUUUCAUGCCUCACCCACCCUCAGGCCCAACUUACCUAUCCAAAGACCAAUUUCUUCAAUACAUAGACAAAUAUGUCGAACAUUUCAAUAUAAAACCUCGCUAUUGUCAUGUGGUUGUGUCUGCUGAGUAUGAUGAAGUUACUAACAAAUGGAGGGUUGAAGCAAAGAACACGCGAGAAGACACAUCAGAAGUUUAUGAAUCAAAUUAUCUUGUGAUUGCCACAGGUGAAAACAGUGAAGGUUAUAUUCCUAAUGUGCAUGGACUAGGAACUUUUGAAGGAGAGGUGGUACACUCCAAAUACUACAAAUCUGGUUCAAAAUAUGAAUCAAAAAAUGUUUUGGUAGUUGGUUGUGGUAACUCAGGAAUGGAGAUUGCUUAUGAUCUCCAUAAUUGGGGUGCUAUCCCUUCCAUUGUCAUUCGAAGUCCGUUUCAUGUCUUCACUAGAGAUUUGAUUCGUCAAGGGAUGCAAAUGCAGAACUAUAUGCCGACUAAUGUUGUGGAUAUAGUCAUCACUUUUUUGGCAAAACUAAAAUAUGGUGAUCUGUCUAAGUAUGGGAUUUAUCGUCCCAAAGAGGGACCUUUACAUCUCAAAAAUAUUUCAGGAAGGGCACCGGUUAUUGAUGUUGGAACUAUUGGAAAGAUUAAGGAGGGAGCUAUAAAGGUUAUUCCUUCGGGUAUAACGAAAAUCGAGAAGAAGAAAGUUGUCUUUGGAAACAACACAGAAGAAGAGUUUGAUGUGAUUGUUUUUGCUACCGGUUACAAAAGUGUAGUUAAUGGAUGGCUUAAGGAUUACAAAUAUGCUCUUAAUGAGAAAGGGAUGCCGAAAAGUGCUUACCCGAACCAUUGGAAGGGGGAUCAUGGAUUGUAUUGUGCUGGACUAUCAAGGAGAGGCUUAUUUGGAGUCAAAGAGGAUGCUGAAUUAAUUGCAGAGGACAUCAACCAAUCUCUCAAUUUACAUAAUAAAUGAAUAUUAUCUAUUGAAGAAGAAGUUUUCUCUCUUCAAUUUCUACGGGGGUUAUUAAAAGUAUGAUUC